AUGGAAGUUGAUCAAAAAUAUCAAUUUUUGAAAAGAUUAAGAUUCGAUAUACUUCAUUGCAGGGUGCCAAUUUAUUUAAAUGUAAUUUAAGUAGAUCUGAAUUUGAUAAUGUAGAUAUAAGCUUGGUUAAUUUAAAUGGAGCAUUAUUAAUUAAUUGCCAAUGGAGAACAUCAAAACACGUGAUUUGAAUAAAUUGGAUGGUCUUAGUGGAACUGUUCAAUCUUUAUGCUUCUAGCUCGAUUGUACUACAUUAGCAUCAGGUGAUAAAUCCAUUCGGUAAUGGGAUUUUUAGACAGGAUAAACAAAAGCAAAAUUCGAAGGUUAUAAUGGAAGAGUUCUACAGUUAGUUUUCUCCUGA